CCUGUCCAGUCGUCGAGGUUGUCAGGGGCAACUGGGAGAGACGCUUUUUGAUCACACGGGAGGCUUCACAACAACAGUGGAAGUUACGGUUGAUGUUUUAAGUUGUUUCGAGAAGUCGGUAUUAACCUGAAGAAAACGACAGUGAGGGACGAGCAUUGGGGACAUGGCGGUGUAUUUUGACCACCGUAUUGAGGCCCGUGAAAGCAGUGAUGUGCCCUCUCAGUUGACCUGGCACUCAGCUCUUCCUGUACUUGCUGUGGCCUCAAGCAGCCCCACCACUGGAGGCAAUGUAGACCUCUACCUGCAGCAGGGAGAGCAUGUGGAAAGCUGCCAUUUUGAAGGUCCUCACCAGCCCACAGUGCUGCGCUGGCAUCCCACAAAGCCAGUGUUGGCAAUAGGCUGGGAGAAUGGAGAGGUAGCGCUGCUGACACACCCCUCAGGAGAUCAAACAGUCCUCCCCAGCACACAUACAGCCUGCAUCACACUGCUGGAGUGGAGUAGCUCUGGCAGCCGCUUGGUAACUGGUGAUCAGACUGGAGCGCUAGCAGUAUGGAAGGUAGAUGCUAGAGGGAGACUUCAAGGAAACCAUCUUGUGAAGCAUGAAUACAACAAACCUCUAACUUGCUGCAUCUUCAGACCAGCCUCACCUGGGGAUGAUGUGGCAAUGCUAGCCCGGGCAUCAGUGAGUGGAGAUGAGAGUGCUCUGGAUAUGUUCAGUUGGAAGGGAGCACCUCUUAAGAUGGGCCCACAGGAGGGACUCGCAUUCUACGUCAGCACUGCAGAUGGUAAGGUCCACAGUGUGGAUGAGCACUGUAAGACAAGCACACUUCUCAGUGUGGAGGGUGCAAUCAAGAAACUGUUCUACCUUGAGAAAAGAGAGGUGCUUGCAGUGAUCACAGAUACACUGAUGUUGUCGCAGUACACUCUUGGACCAGAGGGAGGAGCCCAGGAAUUUUUGAAGGUUAAAUUGAGCAGCAAGACUGGGCAGCAGGUAGACAUUGUCUGGACAGAGAACGGCCUCCUCAUCACUGCAACAGGGGAACAGGUUAUCAGGCUGUGGGACCUGGAGCGAAAUGACAAUUAUGUUUUGUCUCUCGACGAGACUCUGGGGUUUGAAAGAGGAGAGAUGAUCAAUUGUGUUUCAUACUGUGCCGGAAAAGGUAAUGAAAUCUUGGCAGCUGGUACGAGCCAUGGGCGCAUAGCAGUGUGGAGGAUGGUAGUGCAGCCAGGCAGCAGUGGUGAAACCAAGGCCCAGUGGAAGCUACAGACACCCACAGAAAUAGAGGGAAAUAUCAUUCAGCUUAAGUGGGGCUCCAGCCUGAAUCUGCUGGCGGCCAACAACUCAAACACAGUGCUGAUCCUGUGUGAGCAUAUGAUGUCAGCCCACUUCAGCCAACAGGUGGCAGCAGUGCAGCUCACCCCAACUCAGCUCAGCAUUGCUCAGUUCACUACAGGAGCGCACCUUUCUCUGCAGUCUGAGAUACACAUCAAGGGAGUCUGUGUUACCAAGGAUUCAGUCACAGUCUGGAGUGGCAAGCAGGUCACUGUGUAUGAGCUUUCAGGGAACGUUCUUCGCAAUACAGGUUCUUUUCCUUGUGACUCCCCUGUUGUAGCUGUAAAUGGCGAGAACCUCUACACUGUGGAACCUAACAGGGUCCAGAUUCGCACGCCGCAGGGCACUGUGAAGCAACUGCUGACCUUCUCCAAGGCAGAGGGCAACCCUGUUCUACUCAGUGUGUGCCAGUCUUACCUGGUAGUAGGCACGGACACAGCACACAUUAGAGUCUUUGACCUCUCCCGAAGAGAUGCCAAAGCUCACUGCAGCGCUAAGAACCUGGCUGACCAGAUUGCCAAUCUGGGAGCCCUGAGGUCAGUCAAAUGCAACGCCAAUGCCAGCCAAGUCAGCAUCCUAAUCUCUCAGGUUAAUGGCCGACCUGAUCACAAAGUGUACUUCUAUGACGUUGACAUGGACACCGUGACACACUUUGACUUCUUCAGUGGCAGACCGUCCAGUGGUAUCUCACAGCCAGAAGAAAGUGAACGGCAGCAGUUUCAGGGGACAGAGCUCAGCAACCGCUGCCCUGUAUCUCACUUCUGGGAUGAGAGUGAACCUCGUCUUUUUGUUUGUGAGACAGUGCCGAUCAGCUCUGAAUCCUCAUCAAGUAGUUUCUUGGAUGCGAUGGAAGUGUCAGUAGUGACACUCUUCUGUACGCAGGAGCAUGGGCUCCUCCUACAGGACUGCUACCCUAAACCUUCAGGCCUGCAGGCGCUCCUCGCUCUGGAUGUGCCCUACUAUUAUUUCAGCUGCAAGCCUGGUGAGAGAGAUCUGGGGUUAGCAGAGAUUUCAGCCACACAGCCAUCAAAGGGGUUGGCCGCCCAGUUCCCACAUAUGGUGUCCAGGCGAGCUCUCAGAGACUUUGUGGGCCUGGAGAACUGUGAGAAAGCCACUCGUGACGCCAUGCUCAACUUCAGCUUCUACUUGACCAUCGGCGAUAUGGACGAAGCCUUCAAGUCUAUCAAGCUCAUCAAGAGUAAAGCGGUAUGGGAAAACAUGGCACGGAUGUGUGUGAAAACCCGCCGGCUGGAUGUGGCACGUGUGUGCCUUGGGAAUAUGGGAAAUGCCAGGGCAGCAAAAGCACUGAAGGAGGCGGAGUCUGAGCCUGAGCCAGAAGCCCAAGUUGCAAUGUUGGCCAUUCAGCUGGGCAUGCUGGAAGAUGCCGAAAAGUUGUACAAGUGCUGUCAACGCUAUGACCUGCUAAACAAUUUCUACCAGGCUUCUGGCCAAUGGCAACAAGCUUUGGAAACAGCAGAGAGCCACGAUCGCAUCCACCUGCGCACUACUUACUACAAUUAUGCCAAAUACCUGGAGUCCAUGGGCGACAAGACCUUGGCCCUCGCAUAUUAUGAGAAUUCAGACACGCACAGGGUUGAAGUGCCCAGGAUGCUCCAGGAUGACACAUCAUCUCUAGAGAUCUACGUUAACAAAAUGAAAGACAAGAACAUCUAUAAGUGGUGGGCCCAGUACCUGGAGAGCCAGUCAGACAUGGAUUCAGCGCUGCGGUUCUAUGAAUGUGCCCAGGAUUACCUCUCCCUGGUUCGAGUCCACUGCUACAUGGGAAACAUUCAGAAGGCGUCUGAGAUAGCCAAUGACACAGGUGACAGGGCAGCGUCAUACCACCUGGCCAGGCACUACGAGGGCCAUGAUGAUAUCAAACAGGCCGUCCACUUCUACACACGAGCCCAGGCCUACAACAACGCCAUACGACUUUGUAAGGAGAAUGGUCUGGAUGACCAGCUGAUGAACCUGGCUCUGCUCAGUAACCCAGAGGACAUGAUGGAGGCCGCCUGUUACUAUGAGGAGAAAGGCGCCCAUAUGGACCGAGCUGUCGCACUCUACCACAAGGCUGGUUACGUCUCCAAAGCCCUGGAGUUGGCCUUUGCCACCGAACAGUUCUCUGCGCUUCAAUUGAUUUCGGAGGAUCUGAACGAGAGCUCUGACCCCACCCUCCUAGCACGCUGCUCCGACUUCUUCAUCACACACUCCCAGUAUGACAAGGCUGUGGAGUUACUGGUAGCAGCCAAGAAGUAUCAUCAAGCCCUGGAGUUGUGUGUGACCCAGAACUUGACCAUCACAGAGGAGCUGGCAGAGAGAAUGACUGUAACUGAUUCAAAAGACUUGUCUGAAGAGUCCCGAAAGGAGGUGCUGGAGAGGAUAGCUGACUGCUGCAUGCGUCAGGGCAAUUACCACCUGGCCACCAAGAAAUACACACAGGCUGGCAACAAGCCCAAGGCCAUGAGGGCACUCCUCAAGUCAGGCGACACAGAGAAAAUAGUAUUUUUUGCCAAUGUUUCUCGUCAGAAGGAGCUUUUUAUCAUGGCUGCCAACUACCUCCAGUCUCUGGACUGGCGGAAAAAUCCAGACAUCUUGAAGACGAUCAUUGGUUUCUACACUAAAGGCAGGGCACCGGACCUGCUUGCUGGCUUCUAUGAAGCCUGUGCUCAGGUGGAGAUUGAUGAUUACCAGAACUAUGAAAAGGCUCUAGAUGCUUUGACUGAGGCUUUCAAGUGUCUCUCAAAAGCAAAGGAUUCUUCCACUGGACAACAGGAAGUAAGACUGGCUGACAUGCAGCAUAAAAUCACCCUAAUCAAGAAGUUUGUCCACGCGCGCAGGUUGUAUGCGGAGGAUCCUGGUGAGGCGAUACAGUUAUGUGAAGCCUUGCUGGAGGAGCCAGAGUUGGACCCUGCUGUCAGGAUUGGCGAUGCAUUUGGUUUCCUGGUGGAGCACCACUGUCAGCAAGGCAACUUCCAAGAGGCCUACCGUAAGCUGGAGGAGCUCCAGAAACUUUUGCCAUCGCAGAACGUGAGAUAUUAUGUGAGCCAGUCCAGUCUAGAGGCCCUGCAAAAAGAGAUGGGUGUAUCCAUGGAUCGUGGUGACCGCAGGCACAGUGGGAAGGAGGAGGAUGAAGUGGAAGAGGACUUAAAUAUAUCUUAAAUAAGUCUCAACUUUAUUUUGUUAAACAAUAUAAUAUAUUUUCAUAUAUUUGGAUUCUUUGUUCAUGUGUAGGAAGAAUCUGCGUUUUCAAGCACAUGAAUAUGCAAGAGUCGGCACUUUCUUAGACUGGGUAUGAUUAUGCAGUUGGUUCUGUGCAAAAAAAGCAGCAUGAGAUGUGUCAUAGUUACAGACGGAAGUCACAUUGGUAAAACUGACUGCAACAGAAGGCACUUGAUUAUCAGACAGUGGACGAGCACUGUGGGACGAAGACAGAAGAGACGGGGGAGAGACAGCUACACCAAGCCCAAAUGUGGUUAUUUAAAAUCUUCCACUCUCUUUAAGACAGUUGACCCGAGAGGAAGUUUCCUACCUCAAAAAAACAAUAUUUUGACCUGCAAGACAUUAAAGUGCAAAUGUCCAGUGUGACUGAGGAGUGAAGGAAUCAAUUCUAGAGCCUCUAAUUUUACAGCUUUGACAUGUUUAUGGUCGAGUUCGCGUACAUUUAAACAAUCUUUCAAUUUAGUAGAGGUAGAUUCAUUAGGUCUACUAAAUUCUAUUGAAUCUUGAUGCUAUUUUUAAAUAUGUUGAACAGUUACCCUUAAUCUAAAGGCUGCAAAAGAGGAUACAAAGUUAAAUUAUUCAAUGCAGCUCUUCUAUUCUACCUGUCAAUCCUGGAUAAAUUUGGGGUUUUUUUUGUGCAGAAUGGUACAUAUUGAUUAAAAGAUUAUUGCCUUUGAGCUGAAUUUUAUAUCUAGGUUUGGCUCCAAAUUAACUGUUUGUCAUAUAUCUAUCCCCAGGUCUGAUUAUGUGGUUUACAUGCAUUUGGUACAAUGUAUUUUUAUAUUAAAUUGAUGUAUUAAUUGUAUGUAUUCUCUCAGUGUCAAAAUUCAUACCUCUGUAAAGCAUUUUCAAGCUAUUUUUGAUAACAAAAGUAAGUUUCUACUUAGCACAUGAUAUAGUGAAUGAAUGUGUUUUACAUUGCAAUGCAUUGUUCCUGUACAUUGUAAAGUUCCUGUAAUAAAACAGUUUAAAAAUAAAAUUGCACUGGUUGGCCUGAAAGGUUUUA